AUGCUAAACAAAAAUGAUAACAAUAAAACUGUUGAUAUAAACUAUCAAAAUCUUGAACUAUGGCUAAGGUUGGCUAAUGACAAUAAAAUCAAUUACAAAAAUAGUUGGAAUGUAGCGUUAAUCGAUUAUUUUCACGAUUUAUCUCUAUUUAAAGAUUCCUCAAACAACAUCAACUUUCAAAGUGUUUCAACCACUUUAGAUGGCUGUAUAAAAGUUUACUCGACAAGAGUCGAUUCUGCUGCUAAUGAAACCGGUAAAUUACUAACUAAUUUAUCCAUCAAUAAUAAAUCAACCACUCUAAAUAAUAAUAACGACAAUGGUAAUCUUGAUAAUAAUCUUGAUGAUCUUGAUGAUCCUAAUAACGAAUAUAAUACUCAGAUAAUUCGAAAUUUAAAGGCUAAAAAUUCAAAAUUAAAUAAACCUGUUAAUACUUUAGUCAACUUUGCUCAAAUAAAACUUAAAAAACAAGAUUUGGAAUUGCAAAUCGAUCCACUAUUCAAAUCUGCUUUAGCGAAUUUCGAUGGUGGUGGUGCAAAAUCGUUGUUUUCAAAUUUACUAGACAUUGACAAAUCUCAAAGAUUAAUCAUAGACUCAACUAAUACAAACCACUUGAUUUCUAAUAAAAACAUCUAUAGCGAUCAUAAUAAUCACUAUAAUCGCCAUAAUGACGAUAAUGAUGAUAACGAUGAUAAUCACAAUGAUAAUGACGAAAAUUACCAAACUUUCAUUUCACAAUCAAAGGACAUGGAUUUUGAAUACUUGAAAACAUUUUUACCAACUUCUUCUCAAUUAAACAGUUUCGAAGUCAGCCACUCAAUCAAAUAUAUAAAUAACUUGACUUUUAUGAGAAACCCAGGAAACAACGAAAACUCGAAUAAUCUCCAGAAUGAAAACCAAAAUGAGAUUCGGAAAAACUUUGAUGAAUUGCGAAAAAUUCAAGAAAAAAGUUUAUAUGAUAUAAUACCUAUUGAUAAUCAUAACAACAGUAGCAAUAACAUUAACACUGAUGAUAUAGAAAAUGUUGAAAAUGAUGGAGAAAUACUGUUAAAUCGAAACAUUGAAAUAAAUAUUGACGAGAUAACUAAUAAUAAAAUAACCAGCAAAGAAAAUGGAAAAAGUAACUUAAAUAUAGAGCUAUUAUCAUAUUUUGAUAAUAUAAUGCAAAACAAUUGGGUAGGGCCUUAUGAAUUUGAUUCAUGGAAAGUUCGCAAUAUUAAAAAAAUGAUUAACUGGGAAACUUUUAAAAAUCAAAAUCAAGACCAAAAUUUGAACCACGAUCAACAAAUUCAAAAGAAAUCGAGGAUAAAAAAAAAAUCAGAGUUUCUAAUUGAUUUCUUUUCCGAAAACCCAGAGAAUGACAAUUUAUUCGGAGAUGAAAAUAUUAAUAGCGAGUUGAAAACUAUUGAGAAUGAUAACAACGAAAUCGAUUUGAAUCUUUAUUUGCCUAAAAAUCAAUGGGUAAGUAAAACACAAAACUUGUUGCCUGAUGACAGGCAAUACAAUGGAAAAAAGUUUACAAAACUUUUUCUUAAAGAUGAAUUAAUAAAUUCUUACGUGUUUAAUAAAAAUAUAAAAAAAAUAAAUAAAAAUGGCAAUAAAGAAAUUGAACUCAAUAGUAGAAAUACGGAAAAAAAACAAGAAAACGUCUUUGAAGAUGAAGAUGCAAUGGAUAGAGUAGUUGCAGAUGAGAACUUUUGGGCAUCAGCAUAUCAAAAUUCUGCCGUCGGUGCAAGAAAUAGUAAUGUAGAUACAAACGAAAAUGUGGAAAUCAAUGAUCAGAACUUUUUUGGUUUUGGAGAUGAUGGAAUUGAUGAUGAUCAAUAUGAAGGGCUUCCAAAUUCAAUCUCAGGGUCAUUGAACAGUAAUUUUAUCAGCAAGAAAUUGAAAGACAAGGACAGAAUAAAAUACUCUAAAAUUAUGAAAUCUAUGAAUGUGAAAUUGUUGAAAGAAGAUCUAUGGGAGUGUUUAGAAGACUCUUUGAACAAUAAAGAUAAAAGCAUUGAAAACAUGGGAGAGAACAAUGAACAUUCUAGAACAUACAUAUCCUCAUCGGGUUUUUUGAACAAAAGACAGAAAUUGAGCUUGCUGACACUGUUGAAUGAAGAGCACGACUUGAAGUUCAGCUCAGUGAUGACAAAGUUGUAUGGCAAGUAUGCUGGCUCCAAAGACCAGACAGAGAUCUCCACCAGCUACUGCUUUAUCUGUCUCUUGCAUUUGGCCAACGAAAAGGGGCUUGAGAUUGAAAACACAGACGACUACGAGGACUUGUUGAUAUCGACCAUGGACUGA